CGGACGGAGUGCGGUCUUCCUCGGUGCUCAGUGCCAACGUUGCACUGGCUCUCACCGAACCUUUCCCCCGACCAGCCUGCAAGCUGAGGACGCAGUGACCGAAAGUGCCUUUCAACUCUCAUCAAGUCUGGAACUUGCCAACGAGAGUAAUUUCAGCAUCUGAAGUUCCGGGUGUCUGUUGAAAAAAUCCAAAAGACACAAUGGCGUGCUGUCUGUCCGAAGAAGCUAAGGAGCAGAAGAGAAUAAACGCGGAAAUUGAGAAGCAGCUGAAAAAUGACAAGAGGAAUGCGAGGAGGGAACUCAAACUGCUGCUUCUCGGAUGCGGUGAGUCCGGAAAGUCGACCUUCAUCAAGCAGAUGAGAAUUAUCCACGGUUCCGGUUACUCGGACGAAGACAAGAAAAGCUUCACCAAGCUGAUCUACCAGAACGUCUUCAUGGCCAUGCAAUCCAUGAUCAAAGCCAUGGGCAUGCUCAGUAUCGAAUACGGAGACCCUGCUAGCCAGGCAAAAGCUGACGAAAUCAUGGAAGAGGACUUUGAAACGGUCACCUCCUUCGAGGCUCCUUACUCUAACCACAUUGAAGAGCUGUGGAAAGACACUGGCAUCCAGGAGGCUUACAACAGACGUCGUGAAUAUCAGUUGACGGAUUCAGCCUUAUACUACAUGUCUGAUCUAGAAAGAAUCAAAGCCCCCGACUAUCUGCCAACCGAGCAGGAUAUUUUGCGUGCUCGUCAGCCUACCACUGGAAUUAUCGAGUACCCAUUCGAUUUGGACUCCAUCAUCUUCCGAAUGGUAGACGUCGGCGGCCAGCGAUCUGAAAGAAGAAAAUGGAUUCACUGUUUCGAGAACGUGACCUCAAUCAUUUUCUUGGCCGUGCUCAGUGAAUACGACAUGAUCUUGUUCGAAUCCGACAAUGAGAAUCGUAUGAACGAGUCCUUAGCUCUGUUCCGAACCAUUAUUACUUAUCCUUGGUUUAACAACUCGUCGAUCAUUCUCUUCAUGAACAAGAAGGAUUUGUUGGAAGAGAAGAUUAUGUAUUCCCAUUUGAUUGAUUACUUCCCUGACUUUGAUGGGCCGAAGCAGGACGACAUUUCCGCCAAGAACUACAUCUUGAAGAAAUAUUUGGCUGAGAAUCCUGACCCUGAGAGAACUUGCUACUCUCACUUUACAACGGCCACAGAUACUGAGAACAUCAAGCUUGUGUUCUGCGCUGUCAAAGAUACCAUCAUGCAGAACGCCCUCAAAGAAUUCAACUUGGCUUAAAUUCUGCUUAUCCUCGAGUUUUGUUUUGCUAAUUUUCCCCUCAUUUGAUUAAAAAUCACGUUAUUCUCUCCUGCUUGAUCUGUUUUUGUGAGCUGAAAUGAAUAAAACAGAACGAAAACAGA